GAGUUGGAGUUUAAUGGAGUGAUGAGAUUCUAUUACCAAGCUCAGGAUCUAGCUUCAGGACAAAAGGUUGCGACUAAAUGUAUUCGUGUGUCGAGUACUGCGACAACAAAGUCGAUCAUUGAGACAUUGAUUGAGAAAUUUCGACCAGAUAUGAAAAUGCUGGAGAUGCCAGAGUAUGCUCUUUACGAAAUACACGAGUCAGGCGAGAGACGAUUGGGAUUGGACGAGAAACCCCUGUUGGUUCAGCUGAAUUGGCACAAGGACGAUAGAGAGGGACGAUUUUUACUCAGACGAAUCGACGAAGCCAGCCAGAUGCCCCAGCCCACCCAGGAGGAUUCUUCCUUCAAGAGGAAACUCUCGAAGAGGGAGAAGAAGGCGAUUAAGAAGCAGGAGAAGAAGGAGAAGAAGGAUAAAGAUGGCGGGGGGAAGGAUGAGAGUAUGGCAGAUAAACUCUAUACAGAAUUGCCUGACACAAGUUUUACGCGAAGUAUAUCCAACCCUGAAGCUGUAAUGAGACGAAGGCGACAACAGAAGCUAGAGAAGAAACUUCAACAGUUCAGAUCUAAGGAUGGAGGACCUGAUACUGGUGGUACACUCAAGAUAUAUGGUGACGCAUUGUGUAAGGAUGUUCCCUAUAAGACCCUUCUUCUCUCUAUCCGUGAUACCGCUGCAAUGGUGGUUCUAGAAAUGUUGGAAAAAUAUGGAAUAAAUAAAGGUGAUGCUGGUCAAUACUGUCUCAUACAGUCGAAUCUAACAAUGCCAGAAGAUGGAGGAAUGGGACGUGUUGUAGGAGGUGGGACAACCAGAGAGUGUGUGUUAGAGGACGACGAGUGUCCGUUAGCCAUCCUCAUGAAUCAUCAGUCCGUCAGAGGGGCAAUUACUUUCCACGUCCGUAGAAGACCAAUGGACGGCCGGAGACGGAAAAAGAAAACUUCCUCUAUUGGACAGCUUGACGGUGGACUGCCGUUUCUUGUUGAGUUGACACCUGAGGGCGGAGAAAAUCGAGUUGUCCGCCUUCAGAUGAAUGUUACCGAGGUUGGAAGUGAGGUUGGAGGCGGAGGUGUAGAACUACAGGGUCUUCUACCCCGUCAUUGUGUGAUAGCUCACACCGAGGGAGUGGUAACUGUUACACCCUGUAGUCCAGCUGCUGAGGUUGUUGUUAAUCAACAACGUGUUGUAGAGACAACAAUUCUUCAACAUGGAGCCACACUGAGGUUUGGACGAAGUGUUUGGAGAUUUAUCGACCCAGUGGCAGAUGGUGGACGAAUGCAACCCUCCCAUCAUGGAAGUACCGCCACUCUCCCUGGUGGUAACGAUUUCCAGGCUGGUAUGCGUAAUUCCACCGCCAACUAUGCUCAGUACCCGCCGUUACACCGGGGUAAAGAUGCUAUUUUACCCGCUGUGCUCGAGUUUCGUGAGGACACUGAAAGUGCUUUCUUCAACGCGCUCACGAUGAACCUUGAUCCGGCUAGUGUGAACUUCAAGCUUGCACCAACCUACACCCUCUACAUGGCGACACGCUUUCGUGCAUCUACACACUACAGACCUGAACUAGUUCCUGAAGAGAGAGCAGUUCGUCUCACUGAUAUGCUAAAUAGAGUGGCGGACAAAAUACUCCGCCUCCUUGCUACAGCCCCUGGGGCUAACCAUGCCCCCACCCUCUCCUUCUGGAUGGCAAAUUCAAGCGAGCUUCUACAUUUUCUUAAAUCAGACCGACAUAUUACUGCCUUUAGUUUACAGGCCCAGGAUAUGUUAGCUGAUGCAGUACACAUGGCGUUCAAACAACUUGUCAUAGCUCUCCAAGCAGAUCUAGAGUUAGUCCUCCCUGGGUUGUUAUCCGACAGGGAUGAUGAUGUUGAGAGUUCAACUGCUGGAGUAAUCUCCGUAUUUGCCUCUGCAAUGGGUCUUCUCAGAAAGUGCCGCGUGAAUGCCGCACUCACCAUUCAACUGUUCUCUCAGCUCUUCCAUUUUGUAAACAUGUGGACCUUUAAUAUCAUCGUAACAGACCAGAACCAGAACGGAUACUGUACUCAUAAGUGGGGAUUGAGGCUGAAACGACGGCUUGCUCGGGUCGAAAUAUGGGCUGAGAAGCAAGGUCUUGAACUCGCUGCUGAUUGCCAUCUUGCGCGCAUCAUGCAGACUGCGCACCUGCUUCAGGCGCGUAAAGGAACUGCAGAAGAUAUUGCUACACUUUCCUCAACCUGUUUUAAGCUGAACAGUCAGCAACUAAAGGCUCUCCUACUUCAAUACAAGCCUGCUGAAAAUGAGGCUCCUAUCAGUAAUGAGCUAAUUGAUACUAUUGUCCGUGUUGCUGAGAAUACAGUUGACGAACUGACCAGAGCUGAAGGACGACAGGUUCGCCUGGAGGAGGAUUUCGUCCUUCAGUUGCCAUUCCUGCUUCCUGAGGAUAACUACAGUUGCGAUAUUGUUCGUGGUGUUCCAGGUGGCCUUAUUGAGUUCCUUCAACCUCUCCAGAAUGCUGGUCUCUGCGCUAUGACCCCACAGCCCACCAGUAGUGGACUUUGGACAAUAUACAUGGAUAACCUGCCUCCUCUAGCGACUAGAAGCCCAAGUGAAAUGUCCCAGAUUACAAUUAAUGGAGAGUUUGAUGGGCCCAGUCCACAUCCGGGUUCUCAAAAUGGACAUAAUGGAUAUCCACCAAAUGGUUCUCAAACUGGAUACAAUGGCCCAACAGUUCCUAAUGGUCCAAUGUCGAAUAGGAACAGUCAAGUGAUUGGACCCAAUGGGUAUCCGGUCCCUGUUCCUGGCCAGCCCGGCUUUAUGGGCCAAAAUGGUCCCAUAAUGACUUCCAAUGGACCUAUCACCGCCCACAGUAAUCCCAAUAAUGGUCCAAUUGGAAUGGGGUAUCCUGGAAAAGUUUCCCCUCAAACUCUAGCAGAAGAACCAGAAAUAGAGACAAUACGUCUCUCUAAGACAAAUGGUAUGGGUCUAUCUAUAGUAGCUGCCAAGGGUGUUGGACAGGAGCGGCUAGGAAUCUAUAUAAAAGCUGUUGUAGAAGGUGGAGCAGCUUGGCAAGAUGGUCGAUUAGCUGCUGGAGAUCAGCUACUCACUGUAGAUGGUCAGAGUUUAGUGGGAAUAACGCAGGAGAGAGCAGCAGAAAUAAUGAUGAGAACUGGACCUGUGGUAACUCUUGAGGUGGCAAGGCAGGGAGCCAUAUUUCAUGGACUUGGAACUCUUCUAUCUCAGCCUAGUCCAGUAAUGGGUCGUCAGUACAACACUGGGCCACGAAGGACCAGUGAGAAAGAAAUAAGACCAGGUUCGGUAAAUACUCUUCCAGGACCUGGAAAUCGGAUCCCCCAGUCAAAAAGUACUCCAGCUCUUCACCAGAGCCCAGGCGGGGACUCCCAGCACAACUAUCAGAACCAGGAGUGGUUGCAUCAACAACUCCCCUACAGACCACCUGGAGGAGUUAGAUCCUCGUCUAUACAGAAUCUAGCUCCUCCUAAACCUCCAGCUGUAGGGCCUGAUACUGAUCCAGGAUAUUAUCAGAAUCUGGUGCCUCCGGCCUCAAGAAACAGGUUUGGAUCCCAAACCAGUUUGACCGGAGGACAGCAGCUCCGUGAAAGACCGGCCUCGGCCCACUACCCACGUCAAACAAUAUCUCCACUCUCCCCUGGACCAGAGAAACCUCAGAGACAAUUCUCCUACGAAGGGGACAAUCCUAGGGACGUUAGAGAGAUCCCUAGGGAUGUUAGGGAAGGUUCUAAGGAACCAAUGAGGAUGGAACCAAAUAAACCAAGUCAGAACAGAGUCAGAUUUCAGGAUCCAUCUCAGGAUUUGAAACUAAGUCGAGUUGAAGAGGAGUUUCGAAGAAGGAUAGAGGAAUACUCAGACAGUGAUGAUGAACCAAACAUAUCUACGAUUAAACGGAACGGUGGGAUCCCUGGGCUAGAAGAUGAGAGACGGGGCCAGCAGUCCCAACCUCUACCUGCUCUACCCACCUCCCAACCCCUGCCACCUCUACCUAUCUCCCCGCCUCCACUAGCUACCCCGCCUCUGGCCGGUGCUGCUAGGUUGGAUAUGCUUUUAGGUAAUGGGCAAGGGCGGGCUAGAGCAGAAACGCCCACUAAGCGUGAGCCUAUUCCUACCAGGAAGGAGUUUAACACGCCAACCAAGCGUGUCAGUUUCAACGAUGAUGAAGUCAGAGCACGGGUCAGUUUCCUAGAACAAGAAGAGGAGGAGGAGGAGGAGGAGAAAGAGGAGGGUAGUUACAUGGAGGAGGAGAACAGGAGGAUCGAGAACAAUGUUGAGGAUAAAUAUGAAGAAAGAGCAACCUCACAAGAAAGAUCUGAGGAUCCCAAUGCAUUUAUAAAUGAAGCUGAGAAUUUAUUAAACUCGGCAACUCAUGGAUUAGAACGAUUAGAUUUUACAAGUUCAUCAGGACAUACUCCUUCAGUUAUUGGAACUCAAGAGGUCUACAGGGAUCCCCGACAGCGACGGUUACAGCAGGAGCAGGAGCGUAAACUGAGCGCUGUUAGACCAACAGAUGGGGCUAAACUCUCAUUUAAAGAGAAAAUGAGAUUGUUCGCCGCCGAGGUGGGGGAAAACACUCCAACAGAGAAAGCUAAGAUAUCUAGAGCGCAGCGUGAGAUUGAAGACGAGAAAAGGCAGGAAUCGGAAAGUUCAUAAACUUUUAGAAAGUGAAAAUUAUUUUCCAAAUCGUCUUUCUUCUUUACACCUCAGGUUCCUUGUGAAAAGUGCUAAAGAAUGCAUUUAUCAAGAAAAACUGGAAUUUACUGGUACAAACUUAUAAAUCUAUGCAGUAGUGCCUGGGAAAAGAUUAAUUAUUAUUUCUACUUUAUUUACUAUUUACAAAUUCUUUCAUGUCAAUAAAUCCAGCGAUGUACUCAUCAAACAGACAAAGAAUGUCACAAAAUACUUAUAAAUGUCAUAAUUAUAUAUAAUGCAGCACUUGAUACAAAUUACAUAUCUCCCAACCUAAAAUCUGAUAUUGAACCCCCCAACACCAGACUAUUGCACCUUGCAUAUAUACAAUAUAUAUAAUCAAAUGUGUACAUAGAAACAUGUUCAUAGAAAUUUAUCAAUAAAAUAUUACAUAUUUAAA